ACGUUGUAGUUUGUGAUAGUACUGAGGACUCUGGAGACCACAGACAUCACAAUUUCGAACUGUCCUUUUCCACACACAAUGUCCGUCGCUCAGGCGCCACCUUCCAACGGACAUCAAUAUCGUCGGAUAAAGUCCAAGGUCGAUACGUCCCGCCCAGAAUACACGGCCAAUCAUGCCGAAAUGUCAGGGCUGGUGCAAGAGCUCCGCGAAAGGUUACGGGAGGCUACGGGACAGGGACGAAAAAAAGUGAUACAACGGCAUUUGGAGAGAGGGCAGUUGCUGGCUCGCGACCGUAUUGAACUCUUGAUAGAUGAAGACUCUCCAUUCCUCGAGUUGAUGCCAUUGGCAGGCUGGGGACAGGAAGAUAUGACCAUUGGCGGCUCUACAGUUGCAGGCAUAGGCCUCGUUUGCGGUGUGGAAACUCUUAUAGCUGCAAAUAUACCUACCAUUGCAGGCGGUGCAACCAAUGAAGCGGGCGUGAAGAAGGCACUAAGGCUUCAUGAAAUUCAGAUGGAGAAUCGGCUGCCUGGGAUCUGGCUCACGCAAUCGGCUGGUGCAAAUCUAGGGCAGCAAUCCCAAGUAUUUCAUGCAGGAGGUGGAAAUUUCCGAAAUUUGGCCAUUCGGUCUAAAGCCAACAUCCCAACCUGCUGCGUUGUUUUCGGUAGCUCUACUGCCGGCGGUGCGUACACCCCGGGAAUGUCAGAUUAUGUUAUUAUGGUCAAGAAUCAAGCCCAAGUCUUUCUGGGUGGGCCUCCACUCGUCAAGAUGGCCACUGGUGAAGUCGUUGAUGCUGAGUCUUUGGGUGGCGCGGAAAUGCACAGCAUAAAGUCUGGCCUCUCUGAUCAAUUGGCCGACGAUGAGCUGCAUGCCAUUCGCAUGGCACGUGAGUGGGUCGAAGGCCUCAACUGGGAAAAGGCCGGUUCACUUCCUAUGACACACAUCACGGGCCGUUUUGAGGAGCCGGUUUAUGAAUCUGAGGAACUUUUAGGAAUAGUACAAGCAAACAUCCGUCUCCCGUUCGAAUGCCGCGAGGUUAUUGCGCGAAUUGUUGAUGGUAGUCGGUUCAGCGAGUUCAAACCGCUAUACGGAAACAACCUUGUUACCGGGUUCGCCCAUGUAUACGGAAUUCCAAUCGGUAUUAUUUCGAAUAACAGCGUCAUCUUUCCAGAGGAAGCAAAUAAAGCCACUCAAUUCAUACAACUGUGCAAUCAACGAUCAACACCCAUCCUCUUCCUUCAAAACAUCACUGGAUUCAUGGUCGGACGCGUAUACGAGGAAGCAGGGAUCAUCAAGGCGGGUGCCCGAUUCAUUAAUGCGGUAUCAAAUAGCUGCGUACCACACAUAACUAUCAACAUGGGCGCAAGCUAUGGGGCCGGGAACUACGCUAUGUGUGGACGAGCAUACCGGCCAAGAUUUUUAUUUUCUUACCCAAACAGCAAGUGUUCUGUUAUGGGACCCGAGCAACUAACGGGUGUCAUGGACAUUAUUGCUCGUGAAGCGGCUGCUCGAGCGAAUCGCAAGGUGGAUGAAGAAGCCCUUGCAGCACGUCUGGAGGUUUUUAGGUCCGCCGUUGCUGAGGAACAGGAUGUGUACUUUACGUCAUCCCGACUGUUAGAUGAUAGUAUCAUUGACCCAAGGGACACCCGGGACAUUCUGGGCAUUUGUCUCAGUGUUAUUUAUGGGGCUGAAGUGAAAGGCGGGAACUUGUAUGGCGUUGCUAGGAUGUGAGAGUAGACCUCUAAAGCUGGCUGCAGUUGACGGACUCAUUGAGUGGUGGACAGUCAUGCAGCUUCAACUAGCUAGUUAGAGAACAAUCAAUGGAGAAGAACUCGAGUUCAGUACAUACGUUCAUGACGACGAGACAAAAAUAAAUAUUUCACUUCCAGGUAUGCAACAGGAGAAAA